AUGGUUGUGGUUUACUUCCCGGAUGAGAUCCGGGCUUGCAUUCUUUCCUUCUUGGUUCCUUUUGCAAACCUGGCCGAGAAGUUGCGUCAAGCCGAGCAGCGAGCGAUAAAACGGAGCGCGCCUGGAGACGUGGUGACGUAUGUGCGCGGCAUCCACGCAGACCUCGCCCGCCUUGUCCUGUACGUGCUGAGCAACAAGCCGUUUGUCGUGACCAGAGCGUACGACCUGGUUCCCGUUCCCAGCUGCAGUGAUACGAAGUCCGAGACAGAACUGCGCCGAGCGCUGCUGGAAGAUGUGCAAGUCGUUCAUCAUGACAAACAGGCUUGCACUGUUGAAACCGCAAGCACAAAGCGCUACGGAGUAAGCCGGGACGGAGACGCACAUGCUGAUUCGCGGAGUGACACGAGGACCAAAGCAGAGGCGCCGUCACCGCACGGCACGCGACCAGGGGAAAAAGACGUGCACUCAAUAGUGCCCUCGGACGGUUCGUCGGGGUCCCCAGCUACGACCGAAAACUGCGGAACGCUUAACCCGGACGAAGAUGAUGCGAUUUUUGUCAAGCAUCCAGCGACUGAGGGCACGACGGCGACGGUUCCCUCCCUCGAUGCCCUAGCGGAGGCCUUGGAGGCCUCUGACGCGUUCUUGCGGUAUCACACGGAGAUACCAAAGCUGUGCUCAAGCAUUUCAAACCACGCGGGGGAGCUUUUGAAGUACGACCUCUAUCAAGCGGGCAGGGUUGGCGCCGCACGAUUGGCACGCCGGCUUUCACCCGCCGGUGCGCGAGCGGACAGCGAAGACGCAGCGCAUGCUCGAGGUUCGCAGUCUGCUACCGGCGCGGCGCCAGAUUCGGGACGCCAGCUCGAGACGCGACAGGCAGAUGCGAUGUCCCCGAGAUCUUUGGCAUCGCUAGAGGAACAGCACCAAGACACCGCAACUUGCUUGUGGAGGAUUGACGAGAAUGUUCCGGAGCUUGUUCCUCUCGCGUCUGCGGCGCGCCGGAUCGCGAGGCACCAGCGCAUGCUGUCCUCGAAGCGCGUCCGAGAUCUGUGUGCAGGGGUGCUUCGACUGCUUGGUGGCGGGGAUGAAAGUGCAAGCAGUACUACCAGUAUCAAAAACGCGGAGGAUCACAAGACAGAAUGCGGCGGCAAUACGAAGGUCCGGAGUGUGAUUGAUGCAUCAGGAUGUGCAAUUGAGACGAAGUUGUCGGAUCCGAUGGAUAUUGAGAACUAGUUUGUCGCCUUUAUUGGGCGCGCGUUUGGCUUGUUGCGUGCUGAACAACAAUGCUACGAGGAAAGAACUUCUGUGAAUAAUUAUUGCGUGCUUCAACAGGAUUGGAAACCCUUGCGUAAAUAAUCACUGAGCUGUUCCGUGC